AUGGAGGAGACAAUUUAUCGAUUCGGGGAUGCGAAGACGCUGCAGGCCUCCCUGGAGCACGAGGAAGGGAAGAUCCUGAGAGCUCAGCUGGAGUUUAACCAGGUGAAGGCUGAGAUUGAGCGCAAGCUGGCUGAGAAGGACGAGGAGAUGGAUCAGGCCAAGAGGAACAACCAGAGGGUGGUGGAGACCCUGCAGACCUCCCUGGAGUCAGAGACCCGCAGCAGGAACGAGGCCCUCCGGCUGAAGAAGAAGAUGGAGGGAGACCUCAAUGAGAUGGAGAUCCAGCUCAGCCAGGCCAACAGGAUAGCUGCAGAGUCCCAGAAGCAGCUCAAGAGUGUCCACGCCCACCUGAAGGAUGAAGCUGGCUCAGAGGCUGCAGGACGCGGAGGAAGCCGUCGAGGCUGUGAAUGCUAAAUGAUCCUCCUUGGAGAAGACCAAACACAGGCUGCAGAAUGAGAUUGAAGAUCUCAUGGUGGAUCUGGAGAGGUCCAACGCAGCAGCCGCUGCUCUGGACAAGAAGCAGAGGAACUUUGACAAGGUCCUGAACGAGUGGAAGCAGAAGUUUGAAGAGUCGCAGAGUGAGCUGGAGGGCUCCCAGAUGGAGGCCAGGUCCCUGAGCACUGAACUCUUCAAGCUGAAGAACGCUUAUGAGGAGGCUCUGGACAACCUGGAGAGGAAAUCUCUGACCUGACUGAGCAACUCGGUGAGGGAGGCAAGACCAUCCAUGAGCUGGAAAAGGCUAGGAAGCAGCUUGAACAGGAUUAGUCUGAAAUACAGUCUG